CGUAGCAUAGCUUCAAGCCUCUUGACCAUCCUCUUUCCAAACAUCCCAAAAGCAUGGCGAGAGGCAACAAUCAUCGUCGCGGAGGUAGAGGUGGACGAGGGGGCAGAGGUGGCGGGAGAGGCGGGAGAGGAGGCGGCAAAGGAUGGGACCAUUCGCGAGACAAGGGAUACGAGGGACCGGUGCUCUCCAACUACAAGCUUGAGGCGUACUACCUCGACCAGGGCAUCCUUCCCGCCGAGGAAUGGCAGCCAUUCCUCGACGCCUUCCGAGCUCCCCUCCCUACGUCCUUCCGCUUUACAGCAGGCAAGUCCACAACUCGCCAGCUCAUCAACCAGAUGCGCGAGCACUUUGUUCCCGAGCUGAGCAAAAUCGACAUCUUCGAAGGCGAAAAGAUCCCGUCCCCGCAGCCCCUGACGUGGUACCCUGAUGGGCUCGCCUGGCAGAUUGAUGUGCGCAAGAACGUUCUGCGCAAGCAAGAGGCAUUCAAGGAGUUCCAGCGCUUCCUUGUGCACGAGACUGAGGUCGGAUCCAUCUCGAGACAGGAGACAGUCUCAAUGAUUCCUCCCUUAUUCCUCGACGUCCAGCCUGAGCACAUCGUGUUGGACAUGUGCGCCGCUCCUGGCUCAAAGACGGCUCAGCUCAUCGAGGCGCUGCACAGCCCUACGACUUCCUCGCCAGAGGAUUACGACCCUACGCCCUCUGGCCUCGUCAUCGCAAAUGAUUCGGAUCAAAAGCGCGCCUACAUGCUCGUUCAUCAGGCCUCGCGCUUGCCCUCACCGAAUCUCAUCGUCACAAACGUCGACGCCGGCUCAUGGCCGCGUAUCAGCGUUCCUUGGAAGGCCGCGGACGACGAAUCUAGCCAGGUGGUAGCAAAGGACCUCCGUUUCGACCGUGUUCUCGGCGACGUUCCCUGCAGCGGUGAUGGCACGCUGAGGAAGAAUGCCGGCAUUUGGAAGGACUGGACGCCCAACAAUGGUCUCGGCCUACACAGCGUACAACUUCGUAUCUUGCUUCGUGGGCUGAACAGUCUCAAGCCCGGCGGAAGGAUGGUUUACUCGACGUGCAGUCUCAAUCCCAUCGAGAACGAGGCAGUCGUUGCUGCUGCUCUGCGAGAGUGUGGGGCCAACCCAGCGAAGGGGAAGCAGGGCAGCGUGCGCAUCGUGGAUGUUUCUGAGCAGGCACCGGAGCUCAAGCGUCGCCCAGGUCUGACGACUUGGAAGGUCGCGCCUGGGCAGGGCAGACAUCUGUUUGCAGGCGCGGAAGGAAACUUGGAGCCCAAGCAGCCUGCCAAGGAUCGACGGCAUAAGAGGGAAGAGUCGCCCGAGGCGAUGGCGACGGAAGGUGGUGCAACUGCGGAGGGCAGUCAGCCGGUAUCAAAUGACGUGAGGCGAGAGAGACAACAGGACACGCCUGAGCCAGCUGAUACUCCCGCUGCAGCGGAGACAGCUGAAGCUGCGGAGCCUGCUGCUGAGCCAGCGCCAGGCAGCGCCGAAUACAGGGCCAAGCUCCCUGCCAUCCCCUGGGUCGAGAGCUGGGAACGCCUCGAAGAGCUGGACAGGGCUCUCGCAGCACGCACGGCGAAGACACUGUGGCCCAAGGGCGAUGAGGCUGCCUUGGGACUGGAAAAGUGCAUCAGAGUCUAUCCUCACCUGCAGAACACCGGCGGCUUCUUCGUCACUGUGCUUGAGAAGCGUGGUGAUCCCAAGACGGAGAGCAUGUCACAGGGAAUGGUUCGAGCGGUCGAGGCUAUGGACGCGGGUGCGGAGGCGCCGGACUACGUCGCUGCUGCUGCAAAGGACAAGAGCAAGGGGAAGAGCAAAGAUAGGAAGCGGCCCCUCUCUCCUUCGUCCGCUGCGCAUGGCGAUGAGGAUGCCAAGCGCGCUCGUACUGAGGAUGAGGAUGAUGGCGAGGGCGACGAUCAAGACGGUGACGCAGAGGCGGAGGAGGACGACGACGCAGAGAUCGCCGCUCCAUCUACCCACGUCAAGCCAGACAAUCAUGCCGCCUCGCGCGCCGCAGCUCGUCAACAACAAGGACGCAAUCAAACGGAAGAGACGCAGCGUCAAAGUGACGCCGGAUUUGGUCUGCCAGGGGGUACGCCCUUCCGUGAAGACCCCUACAACUACGUCAGCACAGCAAACUCCGAGUCUCUCUCCCUGCACAAGUACUUUGGUUUCUCUUCCGACUUCCCCUCGCGCAAUCUCCUUGUACGCAACCCGGAUGGCAAUCCUUUGCGAACCAUCUACCUCACGAGCAGCUCAGCGCGCGCGAUCCUCAUGGCCGGUGGCCAGGGGGUCGCUCCUCACCCGACCCUCAAUCCCGUCAAGCUGCGAACGCUCAACUCCGGCGUGAAAACGUUCGCGCGUCAAGACUCGAACAAGACGGGCGACCUCGAAUGCAGGUGGCGUCUCGUCUCCGACGGGCUGGCAGCUGUACGCCCCUUCCUCGCGCCGGAGAACAUCGUGCCCGCCACACUGAAGGAGCUGGCCUUCCUGCUCAGCGAGUACUACCCAUUCGUGGACAGCCUGCCCGAGGGAGAUUGCAAGACCCUGCUGCAAGGCCCUAGACUGGGAAGCUUCGUCAUGGCUGUUGCGCCGAGUGAGCAUGAGGGUGUGCAGCUGAAGGAGGGGAUGGACGUGUGUCUAUGGAGAGCGGCUACGUCAGUCAACUUGAUGAUGGACAAGACGGAUAGGACAGCGUUGUCUAACCGCAUCUUUGGGAAGGACCUCUCCGCCCGAGCGAGGCAGCAGGCUUUGGAGAUGAAUCAGAAGAAGAAAGAACAGGCUGCUGCUACCGCCAAGGUCAAAGAGGAGGCCGGCGAGACGCUCGACGAGGACGCAGCCGCCAACGGCGAUGCGGCUGAAGUGAAGGAGGAGCAGGUUGACGUGCAGGUCAAGGAGGAGCAAGGUGAGACGGCUCAGAUCAAAGAAGAAUAGAGGGAGUAGAGUGCGAAAGCAUUGUAGCAGGACCGAUACGUACGAGCGGUGUAGAGAAGGCAAUGUCACAGCGUUACGAUGAC